AUGUGCUGGGCGAGAGCGUGGAGUCAGAUCCUCCUGCCCGUUUUCCUCUCCUUAGCUCUCAUCCAGCUGAUCAUCAGCUUCUCUGACCAGAAGACUAAAUCCCACAAUCACUGGAGGCGGAAAAUCGAAGCAAAACACGCAGGACAUGACUGUGCUCAAAAGCAGACGUGUCCACUGUGUACUCAAGAUAAGAGAUGUAUUUGGUGCCGAGAAGAAAAGGUUUGCAAAAAGUACUGUUUUCCAUAUUCUGACUGUAAAUUCAGUUCUAUGUUCUGGGCGAACUGUAAUGUUGACCUGUUUGGACUCGUGAUGCUGAUACUGAUUGUAAUAUUAGUAAUAGCGUUCUUCUGGUAUUGCCUCGCUUACUACUUCUACAUGCAAGAGCGGAUGGCCUUUUAUUAUGCACGAAAUGGACAAGUUCCCGAUUACAACUGGAAUGCUACCGGCAAGUGCUCUUUAUCGGUUCAAGAACACGUGGUCAUCCCUGGUCUGGGCUGCCGCCUGGGACCACGUAGAUACCCACGGGUGCCGAGCUGGUCCCGCAGUCACUGGCUGGACAUUCUAAAGAGCUGGCCUCUCACCAUCUGCCGCACUCCAGAGAAUAGGCCUUACACCUUGGUUGGCAGAACAGUAAGAGCUGGCCGUGGUGGCGAGGGCACAGCAACAGGGUCAGUUUCCAAAAUGGGUCUGGUAUCUGGAGGAAUGAAUGCCUUGUCCCUAAAGGAAAACUACGAGCAAUGUGGCAUGGUCCCCACAGCAGCAGCAGACAUUGAUCUGGAAGAGUAA